UAGUAGAAAUACGCAACAGUUUAAAAAUGUGUUUUUCUUGAAAAACUUGUACUGCUCUCUUGUACGUUCUUCCUUGGAAUUUGGCUCGUUAAUUUGGUCAUACAAUUAUUAAUUGUCGACUUAUAUUAACGAUCUUAAAGUUGUUCAAUACAUUUUUUGAAAAGAGUUGCAUUUAUUAAUGAUAUUCCUUUAUCCAGAGAACCGUUUGAUGCAGUCCAGUUUUAAAUUGGUCUAGACUCUCUGUUUUUUAGAAGCAAGUCUGAAAAAAUUUGGUGACAUGUGUUAAAUGUAUAUUUAUAUUAUAUAUAAAUGUUCAUAAACUAUUUAAUAUUAGGCGUAGGGAACGUGGCGCCCCCAUCGCCCAGAGCACCUUAAAGUGUUCUGCAAUAGCCCCGCACUGAUCUUAAUUGAUUGGUGUGGUCUGGUCCUCCAGGUUGGGGGUUAAGCGCAGGGCUAACAAUCCUGCCUAGUAAAAAAACAACUGUUCAGGAACUUACCAACAAGACUACGAGAUAAGAAAAAAAAUAUCAUACAAGGCCAAUAUUUUCAUGAUACUGAAUUAUAACAUGGAAUGAAAUUCAGAAAAUAAAAAUUUUAAAAAUAAUUUAAAUAGUCACACAACUUCCCAAAAAGCUUUUGAGGAUUAUUCAUACCAUUUUUAACUUGAAAAAUUUUCCUUUUGGAAAUAGACUCAAGUUUUUUUCUCAAGUAUACGCUGAAGUGCUGCUAUAGCCUAUAGAAGACGUCCGUUGAAAUAUAAUACUGAUACGAGUUGAAAACGUUCUUGAUUUGAUAAUUCAAAAGCUGUGUUGUAUCUAAUAAUUGAACGAAAAUGUCCAGCAGUAUGCCCAUACAUGGAAAAGAACAUUUUAAAAAUAAUAGCGCCGAUAGCAGUCAUGACAUCCAAAUAAGACCAACGGAUUUAUCAAUAGCAAGCAACAAUACAGAACAAACCGAACCAAUGGACUUAUCUUGUGUGAAAAAUGCGAAUUCAAACAUGGUAAAAAAAACACUUGAUGAGGUUGAACAUCACAAUUACUUUGAAGCCCGCAAGUCAGACGUGCCAUUGCCGUUGCCGUCAAAUAUAAACGAAGCGACGUUGUUGAUACUAAAGAGCGUAUACGACAUAAAAUACCACCGGAAGCCCAACUGUGAUCAGAUAUUCCACCAGGAUCCGGUCAAUCCCAAACUGUUCGUGUGCAAGGUGUGCGACAAGCACGUGCGGAGCAAGUGGCACCAUUUUCAGACGCACUACUCGCGGGACCACAAGUGUUCGGACUGUGACGCCGUGUACAGCCGGAUCGAUACGCUGAGGACUCACGCAAAGAAACGUCAUCACACCGUCAUACCGCGGUACUAUUACGGAAUCCCGGCCAACGUGUGGCAUCGCGUCGUGGUCCAGCUCCCGGACCCGGUGCCAAAGCCGACCAGACCCAAACCGACAAAACCUCCCGCCGGCGACCACUGAUUCUAGCAGCCGCCACUGCGAAACUGUGCGCGCCUGCCGCUUGUAUGUAUAAAUUACAUUCGUAUCGCUCGCUCGAGGGUAGGUUUUGAUUAGACAAGUAGUGAAGACAGGGCGUCCAAGCUAGACGAUAAUCCUGCCCCGUAAGCCAAAAUAUACUUACAUAUUUUUCGGUAUCGUUGACGUCCCACAAACAAUGUUUUGUAUCGCUCCUCUGACAGCUUUUGUUUAUUUUUUUUUUUUUUUUGAUUUCGAAAAUCGCCAGUCCGUCCCUGAACUGUAAACACCAACUGCCACGACUCAAUAUUAUAAAAUGUACUGUGUAUAAUAAUUUUAAUAUUAUAUUAAUAUUAGGUAUGAUUCGUGU